UCCCUGAAAAUUAUUAUUUUUCGAACGAUUUCCCUGUUACCUACUCAAUUUCAAUUGAUAUCGAGCUUCGGCCUUUAGCCGCACAACGCGAGGGCGUUAAGUCAACUCCGGGAAACUUUCUGACUUUAAGCCCAGCCUUAAAAUGUGGCAACGUUGCUCAGAUCUACAUACAUUACUUCGAAACACAUGUUGGAAUAACCUAAAUAUUCGGCGAGUAUCAGAUGUAAGCUUUCGUGUUUCUUUUUUUACAAAGCAUUACAUAUAUUACAAUACAUUCAAUUCAUGCGUCUCAUGGCCGAAAAAAGGUCAAUUUAUUUAUAAAAGAAAAAAAAAAUGGCGUGAUAAUAUAUUUCAAGUGUAAGCAAAACGAAAUUUGCCGACUCAGAAGAUGUCCAAUGUAAUGAGAAUAGUAGUGAAGUAGUAAAUUAUAUUGUAAGUGGUGUCAAUGAUCAAUUGAAUUGUCAGUUAAAAUUGAUAGAUUACGAAUGUAAUGAAGAAGAAACUGCAAAAAAAGUCAUUUAUUUAAAAUUCAAUGAACGUCGUAUCGUUGAAUUAGAUGAUCUUGCCGAUGAUCUUUGGUGUAUUUCGUGUAAUGUACCAUCUUUGCGUCAUGUGAUAGAAGAAAGAAGAGCAGGAUUAGGCAGUCAUUUAAUUGUGGAGUGCUGGAAGUGCAAAAUUUACUAUAAUGUCAUAACAAAUAAAUAUAAAAUGGAUGAAUUUGGCAAUAAAAAAUAUGACAUAAAUGGUAAAUUAGCAUUAGGUUCAGUUGGGCUGGAAUAGAAGAAACACAUGUUAAUUCGUUUCUUACAGCAUUGAAUAUUUCACCGAUUUCUUCUGGACUGUUAAAACGUCAUGAACGUACUUUACUGAAAGCGUUCUGAUGAAAUCAGCAACUGAUGAUUAUUUUAGAUUAUUUUAGAAAACAUAUCAAUCUUGAGAUAGAGAUGUCAAAAGCUGCAAAUUCUCAACUUUGCUCUAGGUAUGUUUUCGUCUUUUUGUAUAUGGUACUACGUGAUGCAUGUAUUUUAUCUUACAAGAUCAACAUAACUUUUGUAUACUUUUGUAUUAUGAUUUUUGAUGUGAUCGCUUGAUGAGGACUAAUAUGAAUGUUUUUCUCUAAAUGUUUUUGAAAUUAUAGAAAUACCAUUUCUACAUAAUACUUUACAUUUUUUAGCUUUCACAGGCAAACCAUCGUUUAUGAAGAUGCAUUAGGAUACAUUUAUGACUUCUUGGGACUCAUCAGUUCUUUAUCGUCGCACAUAUCUCUUUUUUUUAGGUUUCUUGCUACACUUGCAGUCAACUGGACUCCAACUGCUGCCCAAGUUAUUUAAAAAUUAAAUUUCACGUAAUAUUUUUUAGAUGUAGUUAAUUUCUGUUAUAUCUAACAUAAUUUAACGCUUUUCUCUUCCCUUUCUAUCUUUUAUCAUAGCAAUCUUGCUUCCACUACUUCUCCACCUGCUUCUUGCACUGAUCUAUCUAUUUCUACUUCACAAAAUACUUCAUCUAUCGAUUGACCUAACAAUAUUGAUGCUUCUAUGCCUCAAGCUAUGUAUCCUUUAAAAGUUUCAUUAGAUGCAGCUUUCCAUAAACGAGGAACAGGACGAUCAUACAAUAGUUUAUCAGCUCAUUCGUCAAUGUAUGGACAUUAUUCCAAAAAAUUAAUGGGUGUUGCAAUUAACACUAGCAGAUGUUCUUUUUGUGAGCAUGAUCAUCCACUGUCGGAUCAUUAUUGUAAACGAAAUUGGGCUGGUAGUGCAAAAGCUAUGGAACCAGAUAUGGCAAUUCAGUUAAUAGUCCAUAAUCGUUUACUUCAGGAACAAAAUGCAUAUGUUUCUGUCCUAAUUGGCGAUGACGAUUCAUCUACACUAGCUGCUGUCAAGAGAAACUCCAACUAUGUUAUUGGAAAGUGGUCUGAUUUAAAUCAUGCUACAAAAGGAUUUACAAGUGCUCUAUAUUCAAUGAAAGUUCUUCGAUCUCUGAUAACUUACUUCAGUCAACGUUUUUCAACAGCGAUUAAAAGAAAUAAAGAUAAUAGUGAAAAUGUUCGAGCAGCGUCGCUAAAUGUUGUAAACCAUGCCUAUGGUGAACACGGCAAAUGUGAUGACGAAUGUCCUUAUCGUAAUAUUAAAGGAAAUUAUGCGCAUUUAAGUAUUCUAAACAAGAAACCUCUCGCAGAUGUAGAAUUGCGAGUUUUUUUAGCACAACUUUUCGUAAGAUAUGCAAACGUUGCUGAAAAACUUGCUCCGUGUGGCUCGACUCAAAUUAACGAGUCAUUUAAUAACUGUAUGAGUUCAAAAAAUGCCAAAUCUCGACAUUAUGCAGCAUCAUCAUCAUUACAUUUGAGGGUUCUAGCAGCAGCUGGCCAAAAUUGUGUUGGUACACAAUACGUCAUAGACGUCUAUAAUAAAUGGAAUUAUUCUCCUGAAACUGAAACAAAACGAUACCGUGAAGCAAAAGAUAGAAAGCGAAAAGCUAAAUCAGAAGAAAUGAAGACAGUGGCAUUUAAAAGACGUAGGCUGUUUAAUAAGAAAAAACGGGUUGCUAAUGAUGCACGAUUUGCUUAAAAAGAAGGUAUAUGUUAUGAAACUAAUUGUGCAAUGGACUGUGUAGCUGAAUUAGUUGUAGACGACGUAUGUUCAGAUACUCCGCAUGAUUAUCAAAACUCUGAAAUUAUUAUUUUUGAUUUAGAAGCUACAGACAGAUCACCAAAUACAGCUGACAUAUGUCAGGCAUAGUAUAGCAGCAUUUCAUGACAAUGCCCAGUUCAAUAUCUAUGUUAUGCCAACAAAAAAAAUAUCAAAAAGAGCUUCUGACAUCACUGGAUUAGUUGUUUUCGAAAAUGAAUUGUUUUUAAGGAAUGGAAAAUUGGAUUCGAAACCAGCAAAAGAAGCAUUUAUUCUAUUUCUACAAUAUUUGGAAAGCUUCCAAAAACAAAUCAUCUUUAUAGCUCAUAAUGGUUUUAAUUACGAUAUGCAUCUUAUUCUACGUCAAAUGAACAUCUACGCGUUAGUGGAGCGCUUCGAAAAAGUUGUCCUUGGAUUUGCUGACUCUUUGAUAAUAUUCAAAAAUGAACUUCCUGGAAGAAAAAAAGAAAAGAAAAAAUUUAAUCAGACUAUUCUUGCUGCCGACUAUUUGGGUUUAAUUGAUGCACAAAGUGCUCAUAAUGCACAAUAUGAUGUGAAAGUUUUAUAUAAUUUAAUGAAAACUAUAAAAGUAACUUCUGAUACAGUAAUAAGUCAAGCUAUAGGAGUCGAUCAAUUUAUGAAAAAAAAAAACAGACUGCUGAGAUGAAAAUCAGAAAAGUUGAAUUGAAAGUUUUAGAUGAGUAUGUGAGUCCUCAAAUUCUUGGGAAAAUAAGUGCAGCGAACAGUAGUUUAAAGACAUUAGGAGAAACUUUUUCAAAAUUCGGUGAACAUGGAAUAGAAAUGCUCAUAAAAGAAGAUAUUGGCGGUCGAUCUCGAGUUACCAAAACUAAAAGAAUAAUAGAUUGUAUAUUAUCCGAUUUCAAAAAGACAGUAACGAAUAAGGAAGAGUAAAUUUGUAGUUUUUUUUAAAGAUUAUUGUAUUUGUUAAA